AUGGCAGGCUAUGUCACUGGAGCCUCGAUAAUCGCCAUGAAAUACAAUGAUGGAGUUUUAAUGAUGACCGAUACCAAAUGGAGUCUCGGAAGGAUGGCUCGGUACAUGAAUGUAAAAAGGCUUGAAGGAGUCUCCUCAAACACCCUUUUCGCAACUUCAGGAGACGCUGCUGAUCACCAGUACCUGACCAGAAUACUCAAGCACGCAGUACACACUGACCUUUUGGAACACAACAAUGACCCCUCAGAGGCUCUUCUCAACGCCGAAAUGCUCCUAAACUACACCUCCAGAUUCCUAUAUCACAGAAGAACAAAGCUUGAUCCAGUCCUAGUUUCAGCCGUCGUAGGAGGAUUCGCUAAUGGCAAAUCCUUUCUUGGUUAUACUGAUUAUUAUGGAACUAAAUAUACUGAUGACUUUGUCGUGACAGGAUUGGGGAAAUAUUUUGCAAUUGGUCCUCUGAGAGAAGAACAUAGAAAUGAUUUUACUUUGUCUGAAGCAAAGGAGCUCGCACUGAAGUGUAUGAGAGUUUUGUACUUGAGAGACUGCCAAGCCUCACUUAGGGUCCAGGUCGGCUACGUUAACAAGGACGGAGUUUUCAUAGAAGAACCAUUUCUUCUCGAUACUAAAUGGGAUUUUAAAAAAUUCGCUGCUCCAACUUCUGCUUUACCAAUUGCCGGAAAUCAGUUUUAA